AUGUUGUCUGUACAUUGUAUUAUAUUUAAUUAUGUUCUCUUCAAAAUAUACAUUCGUGUUUUGCAGGUUUUGGGUCACAAGGAGGGUCUAAAUGUAAUGGAGGGAGUGGAUCCAAUCUUUUUAUUGAUCUGCCUUCCCAUCAUCCCCGUGGUGCUUAUCCUGGGUAAGAUGUGUCGCUGGGAGGACUACGUUCUCAGACUGUGGAGGAAGCAUGUGGCCAAAAUCCCCUUCCUACAGAACAUCUUAUCUAGUGUCGGUGCCAGAAAUCUGCGUGUUCCUGCGGAGACAGUACCACUCUCAGAUCCAAUCUCCGCCACAAGGAUGUUGUGUGGCGCCCUCAUCAUGCCAACCAUUGCCACCAUCAUGGGGAAAAUCAUGCUUGGAUCUGUCCACUCCAACUUCCAGCGCACGCUACUGGGUGGUGUAGCUUUCACAAUACUUAAAGGAGCACUGAAGAUUUACUAUAAACAACAGCAGUAUCUACGCCAGGCAAAUCGCGUUAUCAAAGACUACCCUACCGAGGAAAACACGGCAUCGUCUGUGUGACUAUAGAUAGUAAUACAUGUAUGCGUGGACUUAUCUGGACCUAACAUUGCCAACAGAAAAAAACAACAAAUCAAACAAAAAGAAAAACAUUUAACUAGUGUUUAGAAGUUUAUCCCAACAGUUUUAUUGUAAACUAUACAGGAUACAAAUAGCAAGGUCACAUGAUCAUCUCGUACAGUAGAGAAUGAGCAGAAGGGAGAUAACUCUGCUGUGAUGUGUCCUGUAAAUCUGCACCUGGUUGAUAAAGUUACUGUAGAAAGUGACAAGUAUAGGUGACAUUGUGAUAUUAUGAUACCAUUGUCUGAUAUUUUCUCAGUAUUUUUAUAACUGUGUUAAUUCAUUUGUAUUCACUUUUCAGACCAGUGAUACUGUAAUAAUUUUAUUUUCUCAGUAUUUUCAGGAUAAACUGAGUAAAGUCUUAAUAUGUAAUUAGCUUCUUAUAUCAAUGUCUCGUUUAAUGCUAACAAUUUGGCAAUUCAUAUGUAUAUUUAUAGAUUUGUUGAAAUUUUUCUAAGUGAUGAAGGUCAAAUGUAUAAAACAUACAAUAAUAUGUUGCCUAAAUUGGUGAACAACUCUGAAUAUUGUAAAUUAAACUAGCAUCACUUUUGAUCAUGACUGGCAACCACGUCUUAAUUAAUUUUUGAUUGGGACAUAAAUCUAGCAAAAAUUUCCUUAGGUCUAUAAUUCUAAUUUUAGAAAUUCAAAUUAAUACAAUAGACUAUGUUAUUCUUAUUCUUGCAUCUCUGUAAUGCUGUGUUUAAUAAGGACUUUCACAAAUGUGAACAGUCAAGAAAAAUGGAAAGGUUAAAAAAAAACUUUGCUUGCUAGGUUUGUUAUAACUAAUAAUUAUUGAAUCAUAUAAUUUACAAUUAUUGUUGUUUUUGAAGUCAAUAUGAUGAUUUAGGCUUUCUCUAAGAACAAUAUUCACCUCGACCUUUUGGCUUGGUGAAUAUUGUAUUCCCCAGGAGGCUAACCAUUUUUUUUUUCCAUUUUAAAAUGUGUUAUUUAAUUUGUAUAAUCUGUCAAGAGAAGCAUAUAGGGGAAAACAAUGGGAAGGGAACUGAAUAGAAUGUAAGAGCUACAGUCGACUUGAGAUGUGUUAGAUUUUAAUAACACAAAGUUUCUUUAAGUGUGACCCAAAGAAGAGUAAAAAAAAGGGGGAGGGCACCUUAAACCUCAUUUCUAUAGCCCCACUUUGAACAUUAUUACUCAGGUUAGCUCAUUUAGUUCAUAUGUAUCAUGUUCAUUAUAAUAAAAUUAAUUUAAUUUUAAAUUUGCCUUUUGUUCAUAUAUAGUUUGAUGAGUACUUACAUAAAGAUACUUAGUUGCUACUAUUUUUAGUGAUUUUGCUGUUACAAAGGAAAGUUUUAUCAUUUUAACAAUAGGAUUUUCUGUCUAAAUUCUGGAAUAGAAACAUAGCUCAUGAAGCAUUAGUUUUGUGACAUUUUUGUCAUGCUUUUGCUUGUAAUCAAAAGAAGUGUGUGAAUUAAUGAAAACUGUAAUCAUUGUAAAUUGUAAGAGAGCGAACUGGGGUUUUUGUGUUUUAAAAACAGUCAAGUAGAAAAAUUUGACUUUUACACCAGGUAUAACCUACACUGACAUCCGUGCACAUGUUAAGUGUCAGGAUUUACAGUCUGGGUAUAUUUAUGGACCAUCUCAGAAUACAAUUACAUUAGAUGGAAUAGUACAGGGAACCUCAGUUGGUCCUCUUAAGGUUCGUGUCAUAAUGUCAAACAGAAAAGUGUGUAUAUUUAUUACAUAUCUGAAUCUAUAGCAAGAUUUAUAUGCCACAUCAAGCAAUAACUUAUUCAAUGGUUAUGAUAGAUUUUUUAAAAAAGUUGGAUCUUAGGUGACAUUGCUAUG